CCAGAAACAAGAUGCCUUCCGCGCGUCCCCGAUGCUCAGUCUGUACAGCUGCCAUAGGAAUGGUGAAGUGACCGUCUCAUUCAAACAAAGUUACACGUCCUUCUCUGACAACGACUUAUACAUCCCAAUCCACACCCCGACAACUCGGAGCGGAAUAUUAUCUCUUUAAAAAAACACACACAUUUUGUUCCUUUUUUGUCAUCAGAGGACGGCAGCUAUUCUGUGUAGGAGGAGCCAGCGGCGUGUUUCCGCUUAGAGCAGGCCGACAGAGGUAACAGGCUAAUCUAUGCUGCCGUACUGAGAAUUCCUGAAUUGUGGCGGAGCAGUUGUCAGCUACUGCGGGACACCUUUAGAGUACAAACUGUUUAAUAACUGAGGGGCUGUGGUCGUCCAUAUCUGGGGAAGAAGAAGGAGUGGCAGCUGGACUGUCAGCAAUGGAAGCCGAGUUUCGGGAAAUCGAUGAAAACGGGAGUUGGAGCGCCAUUUAUCAGGAGAUUCGCCAGCAGUCAUGUGACCUCCCUUGUAAGGUUGCCAAAUUACCUGAAAACAAGAAUCGGAAUCGUUACAGAGACGUCAGCCCAUUUGACCACAGCAGAAUAUGUCUGCAGCUGGGCACCAAUGACUACAUCAACGCCAGCCUAAUAACAGUAGAAGAGGCACAGAGGAAGUAUAUUCUUACUCAGGGACCCCUUCCAAAUACAUGUGGCAACUUCUGGGAGAUGGUGUGGGAGCAGCGGAGCCGCGGUGUAGUGAUGCUGAACCGAGUCAUAGAGAAAGGAUCCGUUAAAUGUGCCCAAUAUUGGCCUCACAGAGAGGAAAAAGAUGCAACCUUUGAAGAUACCAAUUUCAAGCUCACUCUCGUCUCAGAAGACAUCAAAUCUUACUAUACGGUCCGUCAGCUGGAGUUGGAAAACCUGUCUACUCAGGAGACUCGUGAGAUUUUACAGUUUCACUACACCACUUGGCCUGACUUUGGGGUACCAGAGUCCCCUGCCUCCUUCCUCAACUUCCUGUUCAAGGUGCGAGAGUCGGGCUGUCUGAAUUCAGACCAGGGACCAGUGGUGGUGCACUGCAGCGCUGGCAUCGGACGCUCUGGGACAUUUUGUCUUGUGGACACCUGCCUGUUAUUGAUGUCCAUCCGUAAAGACCCGUCUUCAGUGCGGAUUCGUGAUGUGCUGUUGGAGAUGCGACGCUAUCGAAUGGGCUUGAUUCAGACAGCAGAUCAGCUUCGUUUCUCCUACCUUGCUGUCAUUGAAGGUGCCAAGUACAUCAAGGGAGAUACGUCCCUGCAGGAGUCUUGGAAGGAGCUCUCAAACGAGGAAGAUGAUCCACCGGAGUUCACCCCCCCUCCUCCUCUUCCUCCUCCCAGAGAACCACACAAUGGCAAAAUUGAGCCGUCCUUUUUCCCUGAAAAGGAUGAGAUCGUGCAACAGAAGGAGAUCCACAGUCUGGGGUCCACACAAGAGUCAGAGCUGCGAAAGAGAAACAUUGCUGCCCCCCAGCCUCCUCCUGAUGGUGCUAAUCAGCUCGAUGGCUACAUGGAAAUCCAAGAUUAUACCUCCAGAGCUGCAACCAAAUCCCAGGAGCAGCACGAGAAGGAGGAGCAGGUGCCGCCUGAGCCAGCGGAGCAGCCAAAGGAAAGCUCCGAUGUGCCGGGGACUUGGUCCCCUCUACUAACCAAAGUGUGCCUGUGCACGGCACUGGCCCUCAGUGCUUAUGCCUGUUAUCGAGCCUGUUUCCACUGAUGUCUGUCCUUCCUCCUUUUUGCUCCUUCCUGUCCCUCCACUGAUGAUGCAAAGUGGACUUGGCUAGCCAAUCAGCCUGCUUUGACUCUGGGUUUACUCUGCGAGUGAGUGGAUUAUUUGGACUUGAGCAGAAUCAGGUUCACUCGUUUAUUUUACAAAUGCAGUGCGUGGGGCUGGCUGGUUGUGAAUGACAGGCUGCCACUCCUUAUUACAAACCUAAAUGUUCUUUCACUAUGUUGUCAUGGAUGCUCAGGGCCUCAGUUUUUCAGGUGUCACAUCCCAAAUACGUGUACCGACUGAAAUGCAGACUCCACAGACAAUAGGUAUUGUGUUCUGUAGAGGAAAAGGGUUUGUUUUAGUCCCCCUGUCCUGUAAACCAGGAUGAAUAGCCUGUCAGCCCAUUUUACGUUUCCUCUCAUAAUUAUCAGAUUUGUAUGCGUUCUUCCAUUUCAACUGUCCGUUGGGAUUUCACUUUUUUUCACCCACCUCAUUUACCUCACUUACACAAAUGGAUCAGAAAUCAUAGAUCUGACUGGAAAUAUACCAGUAAGGGAGGCACUUUUUUUAAAAAAAGCUUUAUUCUUUUGUGAUUGGUCAAUAUUAAACCCAACAGUAAGGUGAAAUAUUUGAUAGUAGCAGGGGAGCAACCCCGCGUUCACUAGAUAAGAGAUGCAUGCUGGGGCGGCUACUGAAUUGUUAUCUGUCCUCGCUAGUGGCCUGUGCAGGGCUGCAAGGGCCAUGCUAGUUGAGUACAUAUAGUAUGUGUGUGACUUUGUGUAUGUACAUUUGAGCAAGUGGUAGUUAGUGGAGCUUUGUACUGAUGCUUGAGUUAAAUCUACUAUAUGGAAAUGCUAAUCUAACAUUUAUAGUACAGCAAAUGUAAGACGCAGGCUGGGUUGCCCCCUGGUAACUGAGUCCCUCUCUGAUUUUCCCUCCCUGGUGGCUCAACGGUGACACAGAAAAGUCAAAAUGGUACUGAGACAAGGUGGUAUGUCUCAUUAUCCACCCACCUGGCAUUUGCAAAUUGACAUUUGAAACAUCUUAAGAUUUUGCUUGGUUGCUGUUUGGGAGAACACGUUUUCAGUCACAGUGGAUAAAAGUAGGUGGAGGCCAUGAGAAUGUUUAUUAUAACCAUAAUGGAACUGAUAUACAUGUUACGCACAAGAAUGCCAGCUCAGUGAGACACAAAGUAGCUAAUACCAACUCUAUUCGCCAGCAAUACAUGUACUUAAUAACGUGUCACCCUUUACUUCAUCAAACUCUGAGUUUGAAAAGGGAACCAGGGAUUUUGAACAAACCAAAAAUAAAACACCAGCACAGGUAUGGAAACAAUACACUGUAGUGAUGAUCCGUUGUAUCAUGACAUGGCCCUGAGCUGGCAGUAUUGUUUUCGUAUGAUUUCUUUUUCUUUUUAAAAGCAUGCUGCAUAUGUGAAUCAGCAGGUUUGUCCUAAGAAGAGAUUAGCUAAGCUGCUAGCAUUCAGUUUACUUUUGUGACUCAACUAAGAGUACUCGAGUCUGACAGCUGUACCUUUCUUUAGAAUGUAUACACGUCCUCUGCAAGGACACACUCGGAGCAGUUUAUAUAUAUAUAUAUAUAUACACACAUAUAUAUACAUAUAUAUAUAUAUAUGUGUGUGUGUGUGUAUUUGUUUUUUUUUUCCAAAUCAGGUAUCAGUGUGCUGAGUUUCAUUUUUUUUGUUCUGCUUUAGCGAGGGAUUAAGUCCCAGCACCUGUGCAGCUACUGCACCAGGUUUUUCUGUUUUUCUAUACUUAUGCUGAGCUCAGAAUCAUGUAUUUUUUUAUUUACAUUGGUUUCAUUUUUGAAUAAAAAAAAGUCUGCUGUUGA